AUGACUAUCACUAAUCAGUUAGCUACCAGCAAUGCCAUCAGAGUGGAUGGUGUCAACUUCUUCUCCUCUUUCCCUGGCAAACCUAACCACUUAUUGGCUCAUCGUUUGACACUGGCGACUCGUAGAGUCCAAACUUGUUGUUACGGUGAGACAUCGUUGAAACCUAUGACGCAUGUUACGAUGCAUGAGACAGAAACAAUUAGUGUCAGUGAUGGAGUUGGAAUCGUCCGUUUCCUAAAAGGGAAAAGCUAUCUGGUAACCGGUGCAACAGGGUUUCUUGCUAAAGUUCUGAUUGAGAAAUUGUUGAGGGCAAGUCCUGAGAUUGGGAAGAUCUUCCUUUUGAUAAAAGCCAAUGAUCAAGAAUCAGCCAACAAGAGACUUUAUGAUGAGAUCAUAAGCUCGGAUCUAUUCAAGCUUCUGAAGCAAAUCCACGGUAGCUCUUAUGAAGAUUUCAUGAAGAGCAAGUUGAUCCCAGUACUUGGAGAUAUUGCACAAGAAAAUCUAGGGUUCGACUCUGAAAUAGCAGCCAAGAUUAGUGAUGAGAUUGAUGUCAUUAUAAGCUGUGGAGGUCGCACAACAUUUGAUGACAGAUACGACUCAGCAUUAAGUGUCAACGCACUUGGACCUGGUCGGCUCUUGAGCUUUGCCAAGGACUGCAAGAAACUGAAACUUUUUCUCCAUUAUUCAACUGCUUUCGUGACUGGAAAGAAAGAAGGGAAAGUACCAGAGACUACUCUCUCAAUUGGAGAAAACAUAACUUCUGACUUGAACAUCGAACUUGAACUGAAACUAGCUUCAGAAGCUUUACGAAUGUUCCAUGGCAGUGAAGAAAAUAAAAAAUUGAAAGAACUUGGUAUGGAAAGGAUGAGUGCUCCUCUAAUCUUGGCCUAUGGAAAAGACCAUAUCCCUCACUUAUUGGGAGAUUAUCAAUCUUACUUUGAUAUAAUACCUGCUGAUAUGGUUGUGAACGCAACUAUAGCAGCCAUGUCAAAGCACGGUUGUGGUAAUGUACCAGAACUCAAACUUUACAAUGUCACUUCAACAUCUCAUCCAAACCCCUUGACACUUGGCGAGUUAAUGGACUUCUCUCAACAACAUUUGCUUGACUCUCCACUGAGAGAAACAACGAAAGAGUUAGAUCGUAUGAAAUUCCACAGUUCCAUAGAAAGUUUCACCUCCUCUGUAUUCAACACUAUAGUAAAACAAGAAAGAGAGACCAAUAAUGGUGAAGGAGAAGCAGUCACAUACCCCAUUGAGCAUGAAGGGCAAGAGGAAGCUGAAGUAUUUUGA